AGGAUUGUGGGAUUGCAAUGGCUGCUCCCUCAUCUGUAAACAUACGCGUUGAGUUUACGAAAGCCGGCGGUUAAUUAUUAUCUCCGAUGCCGUUAGGGCUCGUUUUGUGAUUCAUUUUGUGAUCCAUAAGCUGGCCUCGGAUGUUUACGUUCAUGUGAGAGUGUCUGCACUUUACGCUGACAGAAACACGACCGUUUUCCCUCCCUGUGUGGACUAAACAGCUCGGAGGCUAGUUGAGGCUAGCCGCUCAGACUGACUGAGAUAAUGGAUGAUGAUGUGUCAAUGCAUAGGUUGGAGGGUUCCGAUCCAACUGCUCAAGUUGGAGGUCUGAUUGUAAAGAAGAAGAGUGCUGCUGCUGAGCCCCAUGUUUUUCGGGCACCCACUCCACGCACGUCUUUACUGGGCUUGGAUCUUCUGGCAGCACAGAAAAGGAAGGAGCGUGAGACUAAGGAGCAAGCAGAUUCUAGUGAUGAUAGAAGUAAAAAGAAGUCAAAGGUUUCCUCCUACAAAGACUGGGAGGAAGGUAAAAGUGACUCUGGGUCUGAUGAAGAAGACGAUGAUAAAAAUAGCAGCGCUAAAAAGGAGAGCAGGAAGUAUCGUGUGACUGGUUCCGAGACACCCUCCAACCCGGGAGGGGUCAGCGAAGAAUUCAGACGCAGACACCAGCAAAGGGAGAAGGACAGGCGUGAGCAUGGUGUCUAUGCCUCCUCUAAAGAGGACAAAAACAGAGACAGAGAAAGGAGCAGAGAUAAGGGCAGAGAGCGACGCAGUGAAAGAGAUGAACGAGAGAGCGGCUAUACCCGUGGAAGCAGCAGCAGCCGGUCAGAGCGUUGGGAGCGCAGUGAGAGGAGUGAGCGCUCGCAGAGGGACGGCUGGUCCGAUCGCAUCAGCCGAGGUAGUAGGAGAGAUGAACCCCAAACACCGCAGAGUCGCCCCAGAGAUUCUUUCACUCCCUCACGCUCCAACUGGGAUGAGGAUGACAGUGGUUUUGGCAGUUCAAGGCAUUCCCAGUGGGAAUCUCCUUCCCCUGCCCCAUCUCACCGAGAGUCAGACCGUUCGGAAAGAAGCCAUCGCUCUGGCCGAGAGAGUGAGAGAAGGGACAGAUCAGUGAGAGGUCGUUAUGCUGACGACACGCCCCUGCCUACCCCGUCCUAUAAGUACAACGAGUGGGCCAAUGAUCGAAAGCAUUUGGGGUCCACACCUCGUUUAUCACAAGGAAAAGGAAGGAAAGAAGACGGCGAUGGAGGAAUUAUGUUUGAUAACGAGGAUGAAAAAGAACAGUGGGAGGAGGACCAGAAGCAAGCUGACAGAGAUUGGUACAUGAUGGAUGAAGGCUAUGAUGAGUUCCACAACCCUUUCACUUCUACUUCUGAUGACUAUAUAAAGAAGAGAGAGCAGAUACUUCAGAAGCAGACUCAAAAAAGAAUAUCUGCCCAGAAGCGACAGAUCAAUGAGGAUAAUGAACGAUGGGAGACCAACCGAAUGCUGACAAGUGGUGUGGUGCAAAGGUUGGAAGUGGAUGAAGACUUUGAGGAGGACAAUGCUGCUAAGGUUCACCUGCUGGUUCAUAACCUGGUCCCUCCCUUCCUGGAUGGAAGAAUAGUCUUCACAAAGCAGCCAGAACCUGUCAUCCCUGUGAAAGAUUCUACUUCUGAUAUGGCCAUCAUCUCUCGAAAGGGGAGCCAGCUUGUCCGUAAACAUCGCGAGCAGAAAGAACGAAAGAAGGUAUGCUGGACAUGCAAAAUAUGCUCUCAGUUAAUUAUGAGAAUAACUUGUGUUUUUCAGGCACAGCACAAACACUGGGAAUUGGCAGGCACCAAGCUGGGGGAUAUCAUGGGUAUCAAGAAGACAGAGGAUGAAGACAUGCCAGGGGGCAAAGCUGUAGGAGAGGAUGGCAAAGUAGACUACAGAGCGGAGCAAAAAUUUGCAGACCACAUGAAAGAGAAGAGCGAGGCCAGCAGCGAGUUUGCUAAGAAGAAGAGUCUUCUGGAGCAGAGACAGUACUUGCCUAUCUUUGCAGUCAGACAGCAGCUUCUUAAUAUCAUAAGGGACAACAGCAUAGUGAUUGUUGUUGGAGAAACCGGCAGUGGGAAGACCACCCAGCUGACCCAGUACCUGCACGAGGAUGGAUACACCAGCUACGGCAUGGUGGGUUGUACGCAGCCUAGAAGAGUGGCUGCCAUGAGUGUGGCCAAGAGAGUCAGCGAGGAGAUUGGCACCAACCUCGGAGAGGAGGUGGGUUACGCAAUCCGCUUUGAGGACUGUACAUCAGAGAAAACUCUGAUAAAGUACAUGACAGAUGGAAUCCUGCUCAGGGAGUCACUGAGAGAGUCAGACCUGGACCACUACAGUGCCGUUAUAAUGGACGAAGCUCACGAGCGCUCCUUGAAUACUGAUGUGCUGUUUGGCCUGCUACGUGAGGUUGUGUCUCGACGCACCGAUUUGAAACUCAUAGUUACAUCUGCAACCAUGGAUUCUGACAAGUUUGCAUCAUUUUUCGGCAACGUACCUAUAUUCCAUAUUCCAGGAAGAACAUUUCCAGUAGACAUAUUGUUUAGCAAGACACCUCAGGAGGACUAUGUGGAGGCAGCUGUGAAGCAAGCAUUGCAGAUUCACCUCAGCGGCAUGGUGGGAGACAUCCUCAUUUUUAUGCCCGGGCAGGAGGAUAUUGAAGUGACAUCAGAUCAGAUUGUGGAGCGUUUGGAAGACUUAGAGAAUGCUCCUCCUCUAGCUGUGCUGCCCAUUUACUCCCAGCUUCCAUCUGACCUGCAGGCCAAGAUCUUCCAGAAGGCUCCAGAUGGUGUGAGAAAAUGCAUAGUUGCUACAAACAUAGCUGAGACUUCCCUCACCGUGGAUGGAAUCAUGUUUGUUGUGGAUUCAGGCUAUUGCAAACUUAAGGUUUUCAAUCCUCGCAUUGGAAUGGACGCGCUCCAGGUUUAUCCCAUCAGCCAAGCUAAUGCCAACCAGCGUGCUGGCCGAGCAGGACGUACAGGACCAGGGCAGUGUUACAGGCUGUACACUCAGAGCGCCUUUAAGAAUGAGAUGCUGACGACCACCAUACCAGAAAUCCAGAGGACCAACUUGGCCAAUGUAGUCCUACUGUUAAAGUCUCUGGGUGUUCAGGAUUUGCUCCUUUUCCACUUUAUGGAUCCUCCACCUGAGGACAAUAUGCUCAACUCCAUGUACCAACUCUGGAUCUUGGGAGCUUUGGACAACACAGGAGCUUUGACACCGACAGGCCGUCUGAUGGUGGAAUUUCCCCUUGACCCUGCCCUCUCCAAGAUGCUGAUAGUGUCCUGUGACAUGGGCUGCAGUGCUGACAUUCUCAUCAUUGUCUCCAUGUUGUCUGUGCCAGCUAUCUUCUACAGACCCAAGGGUCGCGAGGAGGAGAGUGACCAGGUGAGGGAGAAGUUCUCAGUCCCAGAGAGUGACCACCUCACCUACCUUAAUGUCUACAUGCAGUGGAAGAACAACAAUUACUCUAGCAUCUGGUGCAAUGAGCACUUCAUCCACACCAAGGCCAUGCGCAAGGUGCGUGAGGUGCGCUCCCAGUUAAAGGACAUCAUGGUGCAGCAGAGGAUGAACCUGGUUUCCUGUGGUUCAGACUGGGACAUCAUUAGAAAAUGCAUCUGUGCCGCUUAUUUCCACCAGGCUGCCAAGCUCAAGGGCAUUGGAGAAUAUGUGAAUGUGAGGACAGGUAUGCCAUGUCACCUCCAUCCUACCAGCUCCCUGUUUGGUAUGGGCUACACUCCCGACUACAUCAUCUACCACGAGCUUGUAAUGACCACAAAGGAGUACAUGCAGUGUGUGACUGCAGUGGAUGGAGAAUGGCUAGCAGAGCUGGGGCCCAUGUUUUAUAGCAUCAAACAUGCUGGAAAAAGCAGACAGGAGAACCGUCGCAGGGCCAAGGAGGAGAUCAGCAACAUGGAGGAUGAGAUGGCCUUGGCUGAGGAGCAGCUGCGAGCUCGUCGAGAAGAGCAGGAGAAGAAGAACAACGCUGGCAGCGUGAGGGCGGUGAAAAUCUGCACACCAGGAAGAAAGGAAGAGGUCCCCAUGACACCCAGACGCACCCCUGCCCGCUUUGGACUGUAAACAUUCCUCUGGGAGCGUUCACUUCCAGCUUCUAAAGCGUUGCUCUCAUCCAGAUCCGGACCACACCACCACAAGCAAAAACAAUGCAACUUUCACCUAUUGGUUUCUUCCAUUGUGGCCAUCAGCUGCAGUUCAAGUGCAGACCACUAGAGUGAGAACUUGUAUAAGGCACAGGACUCAGAGACAAGCUGGGUUGAUCCUCCACCUUUAUCACUUUGACUAGCUGUUUCCAUGAUGCAUUUUAAGGAAAAAGUACUGAGCUGAUUUUUUUCCCCCUCCAUAAUCAGUAUUUAUAUGUGCUUAUUACUGAAAGGCUUUUAGAGAGGUGUUUAGAAUAAUUUUACCUCCACUAAAAACUCAAAUUUGAUUUUCUAUAUUCCUGACUGUAUUGUCAGAGUGCAGCUGAUAAAUAAUAAUCUGAUGUAAGUGUUACGUGUCUCCAUGUCCUUGUAUUUACUCGUUCUUGCAGUGUUGUGGCUUGAACAACAUGUGCCACCUUGAAGUGCUCCUCUACAGACUGAAGCACUAUUGAAAAUGUACUUGGGACACGAGUGUCUACUGACUACAGUUGUAUUGUUAUACGCCCUAAUACUCGCAAUACACUCAUACAGGCUUAAGCAAUUGACCUUUUUACUCCUGUUGACCUCGUUACAGCAUCGUAGUGUGGCACAGCAUUGCCUCAUUACUUUACCACGCCGGAUUAAAUGUAUAAAUUGUGUCAUUUUUAUGGCAACUGUGCUCAGAAUUGUCCUUUUUAGCUUCCCUUGAAACAGAUGUUUAGAAAUUCAUAUAUAAAAGAGUACUUUUGUUGAUCGGCACCCCCUUCUGUUGUAUCAGCUGAUUGGAAUUUCAUGCAGCUUCAGACAGACGGGUCUAUCUGUAACAAAACUCUUUAGAGAGGCGCAUGCUUGGUGAGUCACAUUGCUCUGAUUUGCCUUUUUUACAUGAAACUCAGCUUAUGUUAUGUUUUUUUCCUUUCUACAUCUUUUGUAAAUGAAAAAAAUAAACAUUAGCUAUUUUUUUUUUUAAUCUAAUGUAAUUCUGAUGCGAUUUUCGGCUCAAUCAUGCGAAACGCGCUUUUGCAGUGGCAUGAAUAAUAAUUUGACAAGUAAAAACGAUGCAACUCACUUUUUGCUGUAAAUUCUCUGCACGUGAUUUUACUGAA